UAGAUAAAGACGAGAAGCUCUACAUAACCCAUCAUCAAAACAAAGCAAAUAAUAAUUAGGCGAAAAACGUUUCAUCUUCUCCGAUGUGUUUUGAUUUUGCUGAUUGAUUGCAACUUUAUAGUCUUUUGCUCGGUUUUAAUCUCCAAUUUGUUCACGAUUUAAUGGUCUUCGAUUAUGUCCGACAGUGAAGUACAAAUCGACGGACGCUUUAUAGAUUUAACAGACGACGCUUGGCGCUACGACAAACUCCCAGACGAGGACAUCGAGGUCCCUUUGCAUGAGUUGGCUGAUCCCGAAGCUGAUUCAGGCGACGUCCAUUUAACACUUAAAGAACAAGAGCAAAAGUGGGGUGAUAUUAUGUUGAGUGCGCUCAGUGAGCAUCAGUAACAGAUACCGCAAACAUCCCCAAUUCACCAUGGAGUUGCCAGGGCUUGGAGAACGUUGCACGGUUAAUGAGUGUCUUCAACUAGACUUUCUGCCCUUGCGUUGUCAAUGUGGAAAAGUAUUUUGCUCACAGCACCUGCAAAGCCACAGCCAAACCUGCUCAAAAUCAAGAAUGUUAACUGAAGACGAACUGAAAUGUUUUGAUAACGUUUUAGUGUGUUCACAAGACGGCUGCAAGGACCACAGCAUUGUGCCUAUGAUCUGUCCCAGGUGCGCGAAACAUUUUUGUAUCAAACAUAGGCAUUUAACCACUUGUCAGGAUAAGACCCAGGAAGAACUUCAGUUGGAGAAGGACAAGUUCUUGCAACCUGCUAGGCAGUUUGAACAAGCGAAAACCUUGGUUGAUCAGCAGAUUCAAAGGAGGCUGGCGGAAGGCCGGAAGAAACCGAAAAGUAAAGAGUUGGCCGACAAGGUCCAGUUGAUGAAAAUUAAAAAUAAAGCGACUGGUUUGAAGACCAUUCCCGUGCUGGAUAAGGUCUACUUUAACAUUCAUGUUCCCGGAAAAGUGGUUCCGGUUUUCGUUUCAAAAAAUUGGUCCUUAG